AUGGCUCCAGCUAGAAGUGUGCCCACGACUCCCAUAGGUCAUACGACACUGAGUCAACGUACACGUGGACCCUUGACGUCGUCGGGGUUGAUGACCUCGCCCGAGUUCGUGUGUCCGUGCGAAAUCAGGAACAGGUCAGCAUUCGUGUUUCCGCCCGACUGUGAGGUGAGUGACCCGGAGUCGACGUCUCUGUCGGAUGAGGAGUUAGAAUUCCUGGCUUAUUCAGAAUACGAUUCAAGCCACUUCAUUCCACCUGAGCGUAUGCGUCAGCCUAGAGGCGUGGUUCGGCCUGGUCGUGCGGGGUUCGCAGAGUCUAGCCGAGAGCGGAAACCGCGUCGAUUAGGUCUGUCGGAGCGGCGCCUUCGAGAGGAGGGUGCGAGGCCUCGAGCCGCACAGUACUACUACUAG